GAAUGCAGAGUUGCAGAGAUCAUCACCUUCAGUGAAAAGCAGUCUGUCUUUUCAAAAUAAAGAAUCAUGGAAAGUGUAUAUGUCAUCUCUCUUGCAAAGUCCAGAGAUUGUGUAUACUAAACCCCCUGCAUCAUUAAAAGCUCACGAAUAUGAGGCUACAGGAACCUGAAACUAGAGCCAAGGCAGGGACAACUCCAGCAGAAGCCUCUGUGCAGCCUUGCACAUCACAUCGUCUACAUAUAGAAGAACUUACGGAAACUGGAGAAUCAAUGGAAAACUUAAUCCCUCUGGAAGGAGCACAAGGAAGUACAAAAAUUUCAGUUUCUGAUUUUAAAGGACAGCCCACAGAAGUCAACCAAGACAGUAUUGGACAGCCGGAGACUUCACUUGCAUCUUCCCAGGGAUUCAUUGUAAGCUGUGAAUCGUCAAAUAGUAGUCAGGAGCCUCCUAAUGAUAGUACAGUUAGUAUAGUAAGUCCUGCUCAGACUACUACAGUUACUUCCUCUAUGGUUAGGGAAGUACAAUUCAACUUGAAUGCUCCAAUUCAGGUGGAUAAACUAACAAAUUUCCGAAAGUAUUCUGAAAGUCCAUCAUUGGCUGGCCCAUUAACGUCAGCUUCAUGUACAAGUGAAAGCUCAAGCAUUCCAGCACCAAUCAGUCAAUCUCUGAUUUCUCAACAAUUGGCUUUUAAAGGUCCAGACCUAUGCAGCACUCCUAAAUCAGAUAAUUCAAGUAAACAGAUGGAAAAUAAGUCUUUGCCAUCUGGUGAUUCUUUGGCUUUGAAUAUGCCAAGCACAGUUUAUUCAGGAUAUAGCACAAUAAACACUGCUUUUUCUCCUGUAUUUAGUAAUGAACCAGACAAUGUCUUUGGAGGCAAGAGUCCUGGAUUCCUUGACAUGCCUGGGCAGUCACAGGAAAGUGAAUCAGAUAAAGGAACAUCUGGCAUUGGUUUCUCCUUGUUUGGUGAUUCGGCAUCCCAGGAAGAAGAGAAUAGCAAUUUCUUCUCAUUUGACUUUGGUGGAAGCUCCACACACACUGAAGAUAGAGGCAGCACCUCAAGGGGAGUCUUCUCACUAUUUGGUUCAGACUCUGCAGAUAACAGUGAAGAUUCUAGCUCAGGAGCUAAUUUCCGACUAUUCUAAUGUAAUAAGGAAUGUUAUGACUUAUUCUAUUACACUAAGGGAAAUGGUGAUUUAUCAGUGGUUUUGAAAAUUAAAUGGUGAUAUUGGUUCUACCAUAUUUUAUUGAAAUAUUUUGUGGUAAAAUUAUAUGGACAUUUCAAGAAUGUUAGAUAGUACAUAACUUGAUGAUUAAAUGUGCUGUUUUCUGUUUUAGAAUUGGUUUCAUUUUAUCAUUUGGAAAUAUCGUAUUAUGAAAGACAACAUAUCUAGUUUGGCUGUAAAAUACCUGAAGGCAUUUUUGUAAGGCAUAUAUGCCAGUAUUUUCAAGUGUAAAAUUAAAGUUAGCUAGUACCUUAUGUUGUUAAUCCCAGUUCGUAAUUUUUUUUAUUUUGUUUAUUAUUAGGAUGUAAGUUUCAUGCCUUUAGUUUAGAAACUCGGAACCUAGCAAAAGAAUAUGUACAGAAAUGAUAUCUGAGCAUGGAAUAUAAGAUGAGUGUAUUUAUGUUCUUUAAAAUUUAAAUUUCUGAAAGAGGUAUACUUUAUGGUGAUCAAACCAAUAAUGUACACCAUAUACAGUACAUAGAUGAUAGAGUAGUAAUCAGUCAAGAUUAACAUCCCAAUAAGAACAAAAUACUAACAGCAGAAUUUAGUUUAUACCUGUUUUGAGAUAUGUAUAUGUAAAUAACUGCACAUAUUCAAGACUGAGGAGUUCCAUUUUAAGAGACAUAAAUAAGGUUUUGUUCUCUCAUGUCUCCUUUUUAUUGUACCCUUGUGAAGUAAGGAAAUACAAUAAACAAAUAUAACAUAAAUUCUUGAAAAAGGCUGGUGCUGUAAUUUUUUUCAUCAGUUGUCUUGAUAGCUUUCCAUUUUGUGCUUUCUCUACUGAAAUCUUGCUUAGCUGUUAGCUUUAGUAAAAUAUACAUUAUCAUUUGUUUCAGUUGACUUAAGGAAGGGAAUAAGAGAAUAUAAGGAAACCACUUGAGUUGCAGUGACAAUACUGGUAUUAAAUUCCUUAAACUUAAGGAGGAAGUCUACCAUUUAAUUGGGCUUGAGAAUCAGUUGAAAUGUUCUUUUAGUACAAGCUUUUGUGUGUAGUUCUGAAUAGCAUGUAUUCUUUAUUUUUGAAGAUCCUCCAGCCAGUCUUAUUAUUUCUCUACAUUGCAUUUUUAGACUCAGCAUCAGAUUUAUAUUGCUUUAUUGUAGUAUUAUGUGAAGUAAAGGAUUACAAAGUA